AAAACAGUUUUCCUGAUCCAUUUAACUGACAAUACUAUCGAUAUAAUAGAAGAAAUUUUAUUUGGAUUAUUUUAGUCCGCUGUCGUCUAAGUGCGAUCUGUUCGGGGAAUUCCUAUAUAAUUAUUUAUUUAAAAAUUUAUGCUAGUUAAAAUAAAUAAUUUCAAAAUAUAAUAUUUUCUUCUUGUUAUAUUAAAAAGUAAUUAUAUUUAGGAAUCAAUAAUCUACUUAAAACAAUUAUAUUACAGAAAAUUUAUAAAAUUAUGUGUGAAAAUUUAAAAAGGAAAAAAGAAACAAAAAACAAGUGAAAAUUAAAAAAAAAAAGGAAAAGGAACUUUUUUCAUUUUCAAUUUUAUUUUUUUUCUAUCAGUAUAAGUGUGUGUGUAUCGAUAAUUCUGAUUUCCUUGUAUUUUAUGAAAGUCAUAUACCUAUGCCAAAAAAUAAUAGCUUGGAUAAAGUAAAAUUUAAAAAAUUUUUAAAAAUAAAUGAGGAAAUAAAAGAGAUCGUUUUCAAAAGUCAAAAGUAUAGGGAUAAAAAUUUAAUAUCGGUAAAAAAAAGGAAAUAUGCUGGUUUGAAAUCAUUCCAUAGUUAAGUACCUGAAAAGUAAAAUUUUGCAAUAUCAUUUAAAAAGUUUGAAAUUUAUUCAAAUAUUUAAAGUCGAUUUUAAGAGAAUUUAAAGAAAGUUAUAUAUUAUAAAAAAUUUUCAUAAAUCAACAAAAAAGAAAAGUUAGUGAAUAUAUAGGCUUAUAACUCAUAAACUAUUGUAGUAUAUCUUCAUAAAAAUAUUAAAAUGGUUUUUAAAAUGAAAAGAAAAUCAUUUUUACAAUCAUAAAAAAAAUGCAAAUAAACCAAUUAAUUUAAGAAAAUUAAAAUAGAAAAAAGUUAUGAAUUUGAAAUUAACUAAAUUAAAAAAAUAGAAUUUAUAAAAAAGAAAACAGAAAUGAAAAAAAAAAAUUAUUCAUUUUUGGAUUAAACAACCUUUAAAAUUUCAAAAAGGAUUUACCCAAAACUAAGUGCGCAUAACUUUUUUGCAGCAAUAUAUUAUAAUAUUAAAUCUUCAAUUUGCCAAAUAUUUUCUAAAAAUCAUCAACAAAACAAAAAUACCAAACAAAAACGGGAAAAAUUAACAAAAAAGCCACAUAAAAUUCAGAAUAUUCAUAUUUUUAUCCUCUAAAGGAUAUAAAAUCGAAAGAAAAGAUCUAAAUAGAGAUAUAAAAUAACAUUUAAUCGGAUUUUAAAACAAAAAAAAUAACAACAGAAAUAAAAUAAAUUUUUCAAGCGCACCCAACAAUUUUUAUUGUGAUUGUUUGCAAAAGUAAAACCUCCCACUGCCAAAAAAGGAAAAGUGAAAAAUUUCAGCAUAACCAACAAAGUCGAUAUAAAUGUAAAUAGAUAUAUAUACGCGUUUUCAUACCUAUUAAAUCUUAUUUUUCAUAAACUUAUACUUCAGACAUAUUUAAGAGUGAACUCCACCUAUAGUAAUAUAGAUUUAUAUAAAAAUACAUUCGUAUUUAAUAUAAAAGUAUUUAUAUAAAGUAAAAUUCUUUCAUAAUAUAUCGAGCGCAUUUUCAUCUUUUUUAAUCGACCUGUGUUGUUAUUUUUUUGUUUUGUGUUUGCACUGUAGUAAGGUAUAAAAUAUAAUAAAGGAUUUUCACUUCAAGAGUAUUAAGAUCAUAAUAUUUUGAAAAUGAAGGGAUUAGAAACGAUAAAGGAGCGCGCAGCAGGCGUUUUUGGUGGUAUGAAACCGCAGUUCGAGGCAUUUGAAAUAUCAAAACCAGGUGGAUAUGAAGAGAUGAUUGGUAAAGAUGGAACUGUUAAUGAAUAUGGUGAGAGAGUUCCAGGUUCGCCAGAUUCUUUUGAAGAAGUUGAACGCCCUCCAUUACGUAAAAUCGAUAAAUAUUGUAAAGCUGAAUGUCCAUGUUUGCCAGCGAGAUUUACUAUAGCAGUAAUGGCAUGUAUAGGAUUUAUGAUUUCAUUUGGCAUGAGAUGUAAUAUGUCGGCGGCUAAAUUGAAAUUGGAAAAGGGAAAUGGGACACUUUUCUUUAAUUGGACGGCGGCAACUGAAAGCCACGUUGAUUCAUCAUUCUUUUGGGGUUAUUUAAUAACACAAAUUCCAGGAGGUUUUAUUGCAUCGAAAUUUGCUGCUAAUAAAAUAUUUGGUUUAGCAAUAGUAUCAUCAGCAAGUCUUCAUUUAUUUGUACCAUUUGCGAUGGAAUUACUUCGUGGUCAUAUUGUUAUAUGGGUUCGCGUUUUGCAAGGAAUCUUCGAGGGCGUAACAUAUCCCGCUUGUCAUGGUAUUUGGAGAUUUUGGGCUCCACCAUUAGAACGAUCUCGAUUAGCAACAUUAGCAUUUAGUGGUUCAUAUGCCGGUGUUGUUGUUGGUCUUCCACUUUCAGGAAUUUUAGCACAAAAUUUUACUUACGGUGCACCAUUUUAUGCAUACGGUAUUUUUGGUAUUACAUGGUAUCUAUUUUGGCUUUGGUUAUGCUUUGAAAAUCCUCGUAAACAUCCAACAAUUAGUAUACCAGAAUUAAAAUAUAUUGAAAAAUCAUUAGGUGAAGUUUCAACACAUACAACGAUGCCAUCACUAAAAACUACACCAUGGAAUGAAAUGAUGCGUUCAAUGCCAGUUUAUGCAAUUAUCGUAGCAAAUUUUUGUCGUUCGUGGAAUUUUUAUUUAUUAGUAUUGUAUCAGAGCGCAUUUUUAAAUCAUAAGUUCGGUUACAAAGUCGAAGAAGCCGGCUUUGUUGGUUCAAUACCACAUUUAAUAAUGACAAUUAUUGUGCCUUUUGGUGGUAUGUUAGCUGAUUAUUUACGAAAAAAUAAUAUAUUAACAACAACAACUGUUAGAAAAUUAUUUAAUUGUGGUGGUUUCGGUAUGGAGGGGUUAUUCUUUUUAGUAGUAGCACAUGCAAAAACACCUGCAGGAGCAGUAACAGCUUUAACCUUUGGUGUUGCAUUUAGUGGGUUUGCAAUUUCUGGUUAUAAUGUCAAUCAUUUAGAUAUCGCACCAAGAUACGCUAGUAUUUUAAUGGGUCUGUCAAAUGGCAUUGGAACUUUUGCUGGCGUUAUUGUACCUUACGCAAUUGAAGGUCUUAUUCAUGCUGAUCCCAAAGGAUGCUGGACAACCGUAUUCACUAUAGCAGCUACAGUUCAUUUAAUAGGCUGUACGUUUUAUGGAGUUUUUGCAAGUGGCGAAUUGCAACCAUGGGCUGAACCAGUUCACGAAGAAAAACAAAUAUGGAGUCCAACAACAGCUGGUUUUAAGGAAACUACAUUUAACCAAGCUGAUGAAACAUCACAAAUGCAACAACAAGGUGCGAUUACUUACGGUGCUACAGGAAAUGCAACUGUAAAUCCGUUUGGUGGUGCGCCGACUGCACCUCCUGGUGAAAGUGGAACUUUCUUUGAACAACAUUAUGACCAGCCGCCACAAUACACUCAGGAAGGUGUUAUCCCACAACAACAACAGCAGCAAUAUGUAGCACCUUCUAGUAAUCCAUUUGCUAAUACAAUCGCCGAAGAGCCAAUUCAGCCUCCUCCAACAGGUUCGUAUAUGCCUGGAACAACGUAUGAUCAAACUUAUUAAUUUUGAAGACAAAAAGACAAGUAAAUUUUACGAAUAUAUUUUAUUAUUUAGUUAGAAACUAAUGACGCAAUAUCCUAAUGCAAUUGCGAUUUUACUGAUAUUAAAUUAAAAAAAAAAACUUACAUAAAUAAGAACCGAACAGUUUAAAAAAUACUAUAAAACAUAAAAAGGAAAUAUUCGAAAAUUACAACAAAAAGAAUGUUAGCAAAAGAUCAAUUUAUUUUCUCUAACUAACUACAAAAAUUAAAAAUAUUAUUAAAUUUUGUUGCAAAUAUUCUAUUUUACAUUGAUGUUAAAUUGUUAUACUAAUUAAUCGCACGUUAUUUUAAAACUGAGGCUCGAUAACUAAUUGAUUAAAGAAAUAAUUUUUAUGUUUUUAACAACUUUUAUGUAUAUUAAAAAAACUCUAUAAUUAUUUUUGUUAGAAAUUUUUUAAGAAUUGCAUUAUUAUUUCUGUUAAAGCACGCGCAUAAUGUAUUUGAUAUAUAUACGAGUACAAAGUACUACCAUUUUUUUCGUGCAAUAAGUCGUGAAAUUAUUAAAAAUCAACUAUUUUUAUAGUUUCCCUAUUAGCAAAUCAAUUUGUUGAUUUAAUUUAAAAAAUUCUUAUUUCUUGAAGAAAUAUUUUGUUUGAAACUUUUAAAUGAAUUUUACUUAACUUCUAAAACUUAGUCCAAAUACAAAAAACCAAAAAUAGAAAAAAAUUAAAACUCUUUGAAAAAAGCAACUAA